AAGCGGCGAAAGGGAAAGAUCCGGGGAGAAAGACGCGUGUUGACAUCCGCGUUGAAGCCGCUCUAAAUCAUCCAGAAGCGCUCAAGUGGACACUGAUGGUGGGCUCGUCUCGUCCGGGGAAAGAAGGACGGCAUCAGGGGUCCACAUGAAGUGCCUAUUGAUUGCCAGUGAGAGCGCGGAGGUCCUGUUCUACUGGACCGACCCAGAGUUUCAGCAGAAUGUCCAGCAGCAGUAUGGGGCGUCUCAGGAAGAAGGCCAAGGGCUCCCAGCCUUCGAGGACAGCAUCAGCACCCUGUUUGCCCCCAUCAUUAUCUCAUGCAUCACUAUGGUGGACCGACUGGGUGACAGCUACGCCUCUUUCACCACUGAGAAUAACCACAUCUAUGUCCUACACCAGUUUGACGAGUGUCUCUACAUUGCUGUGAAUGGGGACGGAGACGAGGAUGAGGACGAUCUCAGGAGGAAGAUCUAUGUGAUGAAGAAGAUGAUUGAGGUGCUGUUUGGGAUGGUCACCCUGAGCACACUUCUACGAAAAGAACUUCGACCUCAAGACACAGAGCAGAGAGGAAGACUUUGGAAUCAACUGCAGAGUUUACUGGAGACGUACAGCCACCUACGUGAGAACGACCAAAGCUUUUUAGUCGAGGCGGUUGAAAGACUGAUACACCCAACGCUGUGUGAACAAUGUAUAGAGUUUUUGGAGCGACGUUUAGUCCAACAGUUGAACAGCAGUGCGGAGAGAGCGGGAGAGGAGGUGAUGCACGCCUUUAUACUGGUUCACACAAAACUACUGGCUUUCUACUCAAGUCGCAACGCAAGUUCACUGGUCACCUCAGAUCUACUCACGCUCAUUAUAAUGGCACAGAACAUGUAUCCAAGCAGCACAGACCUGGAGGACGCUGGCCCAGAGGACGCGGAGAGUACAUCUGGUUCUGGGCCUGAUGUUUUUUACACCCCUGAGCCUUCGCCCACUGAAGGAGACUCUGAUAGUUCCACUGGAUCAAAUAAGCUAAAGAAAGCAAACGACAUUCCUGUGUUUGAGUUUGUGGACCCAGACAUCCAGAUGGCUGAGGACAGCUUACAGACUUUGAGGGUCCCUCCUCCUGACCCGUCCACUCCCCAAAGAGUUUUCUUAGAGGUGUCACUUAAAGAGGGCUUGUAUCCCAUGAUGCCUCACUCCAUGUACUGUCUUCCACUAUGGCCUGGGAUCUCUCUAGUACUACUAACUAAAAUUCCCACCAGCGGCUUGGCAAUGUCCAUCUAUGUGUUCCUGGAAGCAUUUGCAAAGUUGGAGAAGCGUCUGCGAGAAGGACAUGAAGGCUCAGCCGCCACCAGAGGUCAGCCCGCCAUAAGUGACCUGCGAGGGAAGCUGGACAAAUUCAUCAAAGCCCUAGGACCCAGUGACAUUCAGUCUGUGCCCCUGUUAAAUGUUUGGACCGAAUUCAAAAACAGAGCAUUUGCCAAAGGAGGACCAGGCUUUACAAAAGAUCUCAUCCCUUGGUGUAAGAAUAUGAGGAUGCAGCUUUGUGGCAUAUUCCGCCAGUGUUUCCUGAUCGACUCGGGGUCAAGGGACGCUCCUCGCCAUCUGAGUCCUGGUCUACAGGAACGGGCGCAGACCUUGGUCCAAGAGAAACUGAUGGACUGGAAGGAAUUUCUGUUAGUCAAGAGUAAAAGAAAUAUUACCAUGGUGUCUUAUUUGGAGGAGUUCCCAGGUUUGAUCCAUUUCAUUUGUGUCGAUCGGUCAACGGGACAAAUGAUCUCGCCGUCACUGAAUGUCACAGAGCACAGCACAUCUGAGCUGGGGAAGGGUCCAGUGGCUCAGUUCAUCAAAAAGAAAGUCUGGGGACUAGUAAACACAACCCGAAGGUACCUCCAGAAAGGGUAUUCCACUGUCACACUGCGAGACGGGGACUUCUACUUUUGCUACUUUCUUUGGUUCGAAAAUGAGACGGGAUUCAAAUUGGAUCCUGUGGACUUGCCUAUUCUACCCGAUGACUCAGCUCCAAUUGGGAUGCUCUCCUGGGAUUACUACAGGAAGUUGCGGCGUUUUUACAGUAAGAACCACCAGGGGGAGGUAGUCCGAUGUUUUGAACUGCUCACCAUUCAUCUGGGCAUUAUCCCCACUGAAAUUAUCCUCCAACACUGCAGACAGCUGGCAAGUAAACUGUGGGAGCCCUCCAGAAAUCCACUGCUCUAGUGACACAUUAUUACACAUAUUAUUUUGCAAGAACAUGUAUUUAAACUGGGGUUGAGUUAUGGAUUUUCUGUGAUAUUGGAGAGUUCCCCAGAUAUCGGCAUCGGUUAAAUAUUGAAAAUCUUGUUGAUAUUUGCCACUGUUAUAUUUUCUGCAUUACCUCAGUUUGAAAAAAUGGGGGUGACACAUGGACACUCUCAAAUUUGUCUUUAUGAACAGACUAAAGAGUGAAAAUGGAAAUAACAGAGCAUUUACACUGUCACAGUCAUGCAACAGAACUUAACUAUAACUUAAAGGUCCCAUAUUACACUAUUUUCUGAUCUGUUGUAAUGUAGUUUCCUCAUCAAAAACAGACCUGGAGUUGUGUUUUGUUUCAUUCACACACGUUUCACACACAAACCCUGCAUAUUUAAGCCUAGUUCUUCUUCUUUGUUCCGCCUUGUGAUGUCAUAAGGUAAUACAGGAAGUACUUCAUUGUGUUUUUAAACGCCCAUCUCUACUGAACUAAAGGUUGAAAACUAUUGCAUCAUGACAUUUUAAGCUUUGGAGAUGUAGACAGGCUGAUAAUAAAGGAUAACUCAAACAUGACAUGUGUGAAUUUAACAAAACACAACUGCAGGGCUGUUUUUGUGGAGGUAACAGCAUUAUAACAUGUCUUAAAGCUCACAAGAGUCAAUUUUGUGUAAUAUAGGACCUUAACAUACAUUUUUGAUCCUUGCUAUGGAUUGAAAUCUUAACGGUAUCUGCAAAUAUCGGUUAAAAGUAAGUAAAAUAUCAUACUUUUUAAAAAUCCAUACCAGACCAUCCCUAAUGAAAACCGUAAGUCUGUGGUGUUUAAAUUUGAUUGUCUAAUGCACUGAAGCCGUGUCUAAGCGAUACACUUUUUUCAUGUAUAUUUUACUUAUUAUGAAUGUUUAAUUUCAUAUUUAUAAUGAACUUUAUGUCACAUAUUCCAUGUUUGAGAUACUGAUACACUUUUGUAAUGUAAAACGCACAUUUGCCUUGUAUAUUAAAUUAACUUCUGUACAAA